GAGGAGGAGAGAGAGCGUGUCCGCUGCCCAAUGACAGCGCAGGAUGCUGAGAGAGGCUGCUGGGGUGAAUGGAGGCGACAAGAUGCCGUCUAAAGCGGCGAAGGAGAGGAAUUAACAUCGAUCAAGAUCUGACUUUGAUGUGCUCCACCCAUUAAGGCAUGAAAUAAAUCACCCAUGUGUGGUUCAGAGGGUCAGAGCAGUCUCAUUUCAACGCGCUCCUGUUAAGGACCCUCUGGUGGCUACACCGCCGAUUCACAGGACAUGUACGGCAGUGCCAGAGCUGUAGGCCAUAUAGAGAGCAGCCCCGCACGGUCCCCGCGCCUGCCAAGGUCCCCCAGACUGGGCCAUCGGAGGGCCAACAGCGGGGGCGGGGGUGGUGCGGGGGGAAAGACGCUCUCCAUGGAGAACAUCCAGUCACUCAACGCUGCCUAUGCUACUUCGGGGCCCAUGUACCUGAGCGACCACGAGGGCGUGGGCUCCACUGCCACCUAUCCAAAAGGCACUAUGACUCUGGGUCGCGCCACCAGCCGGGCCAUGUACGGGGGCCGCGUCACAGCCAUGGGCAGCAGUCCCAACAUUGCUUCUGUGGGGCUGCCCCAUGCUGACCUUCUGUCUUACAGUGACCUGGGCUCCCUCUCCAUGCUGCACCACCACCACCACCACCAGGGGGUGCCCUCUGCUCUGCUGAGGCAGGCAGUGCGGGGCAGUGGUGGGGAGCUGCUGGAGAUGCAAGCCCAGCUCAGGGAUAUGCAGAGGGAGAAUGAGCUGCUGCGCCGAGAGCUCGACCUGAAGGACAGUAAGUUGGGGUCUUCCACCAACAGCAUCAAGAGCUUCUGGAGUCCUGAGCUAAAGAAAGAGAGGAUAAUGAGGAAAGAAGAGGCGGCUCGCACAUCAAUCCUUAAAGAGCAGAUGAGAGUCACUCAUGAGGAGAACCAGCUGCUGGAUGCCAGGAGAACCAAGCAUCUCCAGAUGACCAUCCAGGCUCUGCAGGAUGAGCUGCGCACGCAGCGAGACCUGAACCACCUGCUGCAGCAGGAGAGCGGCAACCGCUCCGCAUCCGACCACUUCACCACCAUUGAGCUGACGGAGGAGAACUUCCGUCGGCUGCAGGCCGAACACGACAGGCAGGCCAAGGAGCUCUUCCUGCUGAGAAAAACCCUCGAGGAGAUGGAGCUGAGGAUCGAGACCCAGAAGCAGACGCUGGGUGCCAGGGACGAGUCCAUCAAGAAGCUCCUGGAGAUGCUGCAGAGCAAAGGGCUGCCUCCGGGGCCGGGCAGGGCUUCUGAGGAGGAGGAGCAGGAGAGGGCGAGGCGCAUCGCUGAGGCAGAGGCCCAGCUCGGACACCUGGAGGUCAUUCUGGAUCAAAAGGAGAAGGAGAACAUCCAUCUGCGAGAGGAACUGCACAGACGAAAUCAGCUGCAUCAGGAUCCAAGCAAAACCAAGGCCCUGCAGACCAUCAUAGAGAUGAAAGACACCAAAAUUGCCUCUCUGGAGCGCAACAUUCGGGAUCUGGAGGAUGAGAUCCAAAUGCUGAAGGCGAACGGCUUACUGAACACAGAGGACAGAGAGGAGGAGAUCAAACAGAUGGAGGUCUACAAGAACCACUCUAAGUUUAUGAAGACCAAGAUUGACCAGCUGAAGCAGGAGUUGUCGAAGAAGGAGUCGGAGCUGCUGGCUCUGCAGACAAAACUAGAGACCCUCAACAACCAGAACUCAGACUGCAAACAGCAUAUCGAGGUGCUCAAAGAGUCUCUCACUGCCAAGGAGCAACGUGCUGCCAUCCUGCAAACAGAGGUGGAUGCUCUACGUCUGCGGCUAGAGGAGAAAGAGUCCUUCCUGAACAAGAAAACCAAGCAGCUGCAGGACCUGACGGAGGAAAAGGGCACUCUCGCCGGAGAAAUCAGGGACAUGAAGGACAUGCUGGAGGUCAAAGAGAGGAAGAUCAAUGUCCUGCAGAAGAAGAUUGAGAACCUGCAGGAGCAGCUGCGGGACAAAGACAAGCAGCUGGGGAACCUAAAGGACAGAGUCAAGUCUCUGCAGACCGACUCCAGUAACACAGAUACUGCCCUGGCCACGCUGGAGGAGGCACUGUCAGAGAAGGAGAGGAUCAUAGAGCGUUUAAAGGACCAAAGGGAGAGGGAAGACAGAGAACGUCUGGAAGAAGUGGAGUCCUACAAGAAGGAGAACAAGGAUCUGAAGGAGAAGGUCAACAGCCUGCAGAUAGAAUUAACAGAGAAAGAGUCCAGUCUCAUCGAUUUAAAGGAACAUGCUUCAUCCCUGGCGUCCUCUGGCCUCAAGAAGGAUUCAAAGCUCAAGUCACUGGAAAUCGCCAUCGAGCAGAAAAAAGAGGAGUGUAGUAAGUUGGAGACGCAGUUGCAGAAGCAAGCUGAGCAGCUAUUCAGUCACAUGAACAAUCCUAAGGCCCAUGAGGUGGAGCAGCAGUCCGGCCCCAGGGGGAACCCGGAGUAUGUGGACAGGGUGAAGCUGCUGGAGAAGGAGGUGAGCUACUACAAGGACGAGGCCAACAAGGCUCAGACAGAGGUGGAGAGACUCCUGGACAUCCUGCGAGAGGUGGAGACCGAAAAGAAUGACAAGGACAAGAAGAUCGCUGAGUUGGAAAGACAAGGAGGCAAAGACUCAACUAAGAAGGGUUCGAACAUCAAACUGGGACCUCAAGGGGACAAGAAGGACUCUCGUAAGGACACCUCCAUGGACAGUGGCCACCACUUAAAGUUGGAGGAGCUGAUGAACACGCUGGAGAGGACGAGGCAGGAGCUGGAUUCCACCAAGCAGCGUCUCUCCUCCACACAGCAGUCGCUGCAGGAGAGGGACGGCCACCUAACCAACAUGAGACAGGAGCGCAGGAAACAGCUGGAGGAGAUACUGGAGAUGAAGCAACAAGCUCUGCUGGCAGCCAUCAGUGAGAAAGAUGCUAAUAUUGCACUGCUUGAACUGUCUGCCUCCAAUAAAAAGAAGACCCAGGAGGAGGUGCUGGCCCUCAAGAGGGAGCGGGACAAACUGAUGCACCAGCUCAAACAACACACACAAAGCAGAAUGAAGCUGAUAGCCGACAACUACGAAGAUGAGCAAUAUCAUCCACACGGUCCUCACCACCCCGGGCCGCAGCCCCCACACGCUCAGCCGCAGCCCCAGCCGCAGUACCCCCACGCUCCCCAUGCUCCCCACGCUCCCCACACCCAGCAGACUCCAUAUCCACACGCCAUGCAUCCGCAGCACCCACAGCACCCGCAACACCCGCAAGCCCCCCAGCAGCACCCACACCCACAGCAGCCACAACCUCAGUACCCUCACCCUCAGCACCCACAGCACCCCCAGCAGCACGCCCAGCACCCCCAACCGCCUCCCCAGCACCAACAGCACCAACAGCACCCACGCCCCCCACAGCCCCACCACCCCCCCCAACAGCACCCACAGCAUCCUCCACAGCACCCACACGGACAUGCCCCUCCGCAGCACCCUCACCCUCAGCACCCGCACGGCCCUCCCCAACAAGGACCCCACCCCCAACAUCCACAUCCCCAGCACCCGCAACACCCUCAACACCCUCAGCACCCUCAGCACCCACAGCACCCGCACCACGCCCAGCAUCCACGUCACCCAUCGCCCCAUCAUCGUGGAGGGCCAGCCCGAGGACCCCCACAUGGUGGUCACCGCCCUGCCCAGGACCAGGAUGACGACGAGGGCAUUUGGGCAUAAUCCUUGCUGUGACAACCAAAGCUCUAAUGUUGUUUUGAGGGAUGAUUCAGUCACUACUGGAGGAGCACAGCCAUGCCAUGAUGUUGAAACACUACCCGACCAAACAUUAAUUACCUCCACUCAAUCAGCACUCAGCAAUGGGACCUUUGUUUAUUUUCCGAGGAAGAGGAGGGGGC